AUGAAGGUUUUAUUUAUUGUGGCGCUGGCAGCUGCCGCCGUCGGCCAGCAGUUCCAGCAGCAAAGGCAGUAUGACACUGCCGUCCGCCUUGCCACUCCCGGAUACUUCCAACAGGGCGGAAGCUUCACCUCAGCUUCUUUCCGCAACACCAAUGGCCAACUGCAAAGCGAUUCCUUCCAGAACUCCUUCCAAACUGCCACUUCAGACAGCAACAGCUUCCGUCAGCCUGGACUCUUCCAGAACAUUCCAGACUGCUUCAUUCCAGCAGAGAGUAGAAGUUCAAUCCAGAAUUCAAACACUCAAUCUGGCAACAACUUCUUCCCUUCAGGUUCCAGUCAAAUUGGUUCCGACAACCGACUCCAAACUAACACUAAUCAGAUUAAUUCUGGAAACCGAUUCCAGUCCAGUUUCAACAACCAGGAUUCCAAUAACCGAUUCCAGUUCAGCUUCAACAACCAGGAUUCCAACAACCGAUUCCAGUCAAGCUUCGACAACCAGAAUUCCAACAACCGAUUCCAGUCCACACUCAACAACCAGGAUUCCAACAAUCGAUUCCAGUCCACCUUCAACAACCAGAAUUCCAACAACAGAUUCCAGUCAAGCUUCGACAACCAGGAUUCCAACAACCGUUUCCAGUCCACUUUCAACAACCAGGAUUCCAACAACCAAUUCCAGUCCACCUUCAACAACCAGGAUUCCAAAAACCAAUUCCAGUCCACCCUCAACAACCAGGAUUCCAAAAACCAAUUCCAGUCCACCUUCAACAACCAGGAUUCCAGCAACCGCUUCUCUCAGAACUCUCAGGCCAGUUCCUUCCUCCGAUCCGGUUCGUCGUUCGAUUCCUCCAGUGACUCGGUCAGAGGAGUCUUCGAGCCUCUGAACCUUCCCUCCGGCGCCAGUGCCUUACUGGGAGGCAUCACGAGCUCCUUCAGCUGCCUCGACCGUCCCUACGGCUACUACGCUGACCAGGACAACUCGUGCCGUGUCUUCCACGUGUGCAACCCGACACUCUUCUCCAACGGCGCCGUCGAAACCUACCAGUACAGCUUCAUGUGCGGCGAGGGUUCCGUGUUCGACCAGAAGGAGCUGGCUUGCGUAGCGGAGUCGUCCGCCAUCCCCUGCCUGGAAUCCUCCAACUAUUUCUACACCAACGAGCAGUUUGGACGCCCUGAAGAUAAAUCGUUUUAAAAGAAUCGAAGACUGACCUUUACAAAGACGGAUUAUUUUGUUCGUAAUCUGCUGCAUAAGCAAGAAGUUUAUUUUAGAACAUGUACCUUAAUUAGAUGAAGUCAAUUUUCCAAUAAAUUAAAUAGAGAUACGCA